GGGCUCUUUGUGGACUGCGCCGUGUUAUGAACAGCUGGUGUUGUUGCGGCCGGUAGUAAAAGCGGAGUAUCUGCGACCUGCGGCUCUCCUGGCGGAUGGUUUCCCUCAGAGAGGCUGAGUGGAGCUCCGGGGCGGCAGGAAAAAGACUGGAUCCUCUGCCGGUUACAUAACCAGGCUGAUCGAUUACACAAAAGCAGGGAUAUUAACGGACUGUGCCCCCCGGACAGGUCGCAGUGCAAACCCCUCUCUGUUCUUAAUCAGACUAUCCCAGUGGUCGCUAUGAAUGUGGGCACGGCGCACAGUGAGGUGAACCCCAACACCCGGGUGAUGAACAGCAGGGGGAUCUGGCUGUCUUACAUCCUGGGCAUCGGCUUGCUUCACAUCAUCCUGCUCAGCAUCCCAUUCGUUAGCGUCCCCAUCGUCUGGACCCUCACCAACCUCAUCCACAAUCUGUGCAUGUACCUCCUGCUCCACACGGUCAAAGGGACGCCCUUUGAGACCCCAGAUCAGGGGAAGGCUCGCCUUCUGACACACUGGGAGCAAAUGGACUAUGGCGUGCAGUUCACUGCUUCACGAAAGUUCCUCACAAUCACGCCCAUUGUCCUGUACAUUUUAACCAGCUUCUACACCAAGUACGAUAGAGCCCAUUUUGUGGUCAACACAGUGUCUUUGCUCACUGUGCUUAUUCCCAAACUGCCGCAGUUGCACGGUGUUCGGAUCUUCGGGAUUAACAAGUACUGAAAGUCUGGAAGAAGAAGAGGAAGUCUAAUUUUCCCCUGGAUUGCUAAGAGAACACAUUGUGCUGGGCCUCUGAACAAGACCCUCGGUACCUUAUGCUGCUAGAGCUACUGAAAGGAAGCCCUCCAAGGAUACUGCCAUAGCACCCAAUCCGAAAAACUCUGGGGAGAGAGAGCACAAGAGGAACGUGUCGGGUUGCAAGAAACUGUGAUUUAUCCUCAUGUUUUACAGACACUAUAGAUCUUAUUGAAGGAUGAAGUCCCUGAUAUUUCUGAAGAAAAUGUACAAAGGAGUGUGUUCAAUUUUCCUCAGCUGGAAACGAAGCAGUUUUUAAAGUUAGCUUUAGCGUAAUGAUACACUACUGUAUUUAUUCAGCCUCGCUCCAGUCUGCAGCUUCAUCUCUCAUGAGGUUUGUGGUUAAAGUGGAGAGCAACAAUACUACACUGACACGGAUUGGGACUGGCAAAGAGCUGCAGAGGACAGACAUAAGAAACCACCAGGUUUUAUAUUUGGCUCCUCUGGCUGCUCUGCUGUGCUCGGGGUCAGACUGGUAAGUUUAGCAGGCCCUAUUUUUUAUCUGGCCGUUUCCAUAUUUGGAAAACCUCUGUCCUGGUUUGUCCUGCAUGCAAAGUGCUUUGGCACAGACCAUGUGAGCAAAGCAACGGGCCCACAAUGUCAGUUAGGAGAUAAGAUUUCUGUUUUUAAAACAACAACAAGGGUACGUAAUUAUCCCACAAUGGUACUUGAGUUGCUUCAGCUGGUUCCUGUUAGCAGAUCAGACAUCGGAGCUGAAUUUAAUGCAAUUAAAAAUGGAGCAUGCUAUUGAGGAUGUUUUCCAUAUUUACUUCAGAUGAGCAAAUUGAAAUUCUUCUGACUUAUGAUGGCCUUU